GCCCGCCCGCCCCCCUCGAGGCGCCGCGACCCCCUGCCCGGCCUCGCGGCCCCAGGGGCCAUGGCGAAGAAGAGCGCCGAGAACGGUAUCUACAGCGUGUCUGGAGACGAGAAGAAGGGUCCCCUCAUCGCGCCCGGGCCCGACGGGGCCCCGGCGAAGGGCGAUGGCCCCGCGGGCCUGGGGGCGCAGGGCAGCCGCCUCGCGGUGCCGCCGCGAGAGACCUGGACGCGCCAGAUGGACUUCAUCAUGUCGUGCGUGGGCUUCGCCGUGGGCCUGGGCAACGUGUGGCGCUUCCCUUACCUGUGCUACAAGAACGGCGGAGGUGUGUUCCUUAUUCCCUAUGUCCUGAUCGCCCUGGUUGGAGGAAUCCCCAUUUUCUUCCUGGAAAUUUCACUGGGCCAGUUCAUGAAAGCCGGCAGCAUCAAUGUCUGGAACAUCUGUCCCCUAUUCAAAGGCCUGGGCUAUGCCUCCAUGGUGAUCGUCUUCUACUGCAACACCUACUACAUCAUGGUGCUGGCCUGGGGUUUCUAUUACCUGGUCAAGUCCUUCACCACCACUCUGCCCUGGGCCACGUGUGGCCACACCUGGAACACUCCUGACUGCGUAGAGAUCUUUCGCCACGAAGACUGUGCCAAUGCCAGCCUGGCCAACCUCACAUGUGACCAGCUUGCUGACCGCCGGUCCCCUGUCAUCGAGUUCUGGGAGAAUAAAGUCUUGAGGCUCUCUGCAGGGCUAGAGGUGCCAGGUGCCCUCAACUGGGAGGUGACCCUGUGCCUGCUGGCCUGCUGGGUGCUGGUCUACUUCUGUGUGUGGAAGGGAGUCAAGUCAACAGGAAAGAUCGUGUACUUCACUGCUACAUUCCCCUACGUGGUCCUUGUUGUGCUGCUGGUGCGUGGAGUGUUGCUGCCUGGAGCCUUGGAUGGUAUUGUCUACUAUCUCAAGCCUGACUGGUCAAAGCUGGGGUCCCCUCAGGUAUGGAUAGAUGCUGGGACCCAGAUUUUCUUCUCUUACGCCAUCGGCCUGGGGGCCCUCACAGCCCUGGGCAGCUACAAUCGCUUCAACAACAACUGCUACAAGGACGCCAUCAUCCUGGCACUCAUCAACAGUGGCACCAGCUUCUUUGCUGGCUUUGUCGUCUUCUCCAUCCUGGGCUUUAUGGCCACAGAGCAGGGUGUGCACAUCUCCAAGGUGGCAGAAUCAGGGCCCGGCCUAGCCUUCAUCGCCUACCCCAGGGCUGUCACACUGAUGCCUGUGGCCCCACUCUGGGCUGCCCUGUUCUUCUUCAUGCUGCUGCUGCUCGGUCUGGACAGCCAGUUUGUAGGUGUGGAGGGCUUCAUCACCGGGCUCCUGGAUCUCCUCCCGGCCUCCUACUACUUCCGUUUCCAAAGGGAGAUCUCCGUGGCCCUCUGCUGUGUCCUCUGCUUUAUCAUCGAUCUCUCCAUGGUGACCGAUGGCGGGAUGUACGUCUUCCAGCUGUUUGACUACUACUCAGCCAGUGGCACUACCCUGCUGUGGCAGGCUUUUUGGGAAUGUGUGGUGGUCGCCUGGGUUUAUGGAGCUGACCGCUUCAUGGAUGACAUUGCCUGUAUGAUUGGGUACCGACCUUGCCCCUGGAUGAAAUGGUGCUGGUCCUUCUUCACCCCGCUGGUCUGCAUGGGCAUCUUCAUCUUCAACAUCGUGUACUAUGAGCCGCUGGUCUAUAACAACACCUAUGUGUACCCAUGGUGGGGGGAAGCCAUGGGCUGGGCCUUCGCACUCUCUUCCAUGCUGUGUGUGCCCCUCCAUCUGCUGGGCUGUCUCCUCAGGGCAAAGGGUACCAUGGCAGAGCGCUGGCAGCACCUGACCCAGCCUAUCUGGGGCCUCCACCACUUGGAAUACAGAGCUCAGGAUGCGGAUGUCAGGGGCCUGACCACCCUGACCCCGGUGUCCGAGAGCAGCAAGGUCGUCGUGGUGGAGAGUGUCAUGUGACAGGCACCCUCAGCUCACAUCACCAGCUCAUCCUCUGGUAGCCAUAGCAGCCCCUGCUUUAGCCCCCACCCCACCCCUCCAGGGGGCUUGCCUAUCCUUGACAGUUUGGGGGUCUGCCUGGGGGGAGGGGAGGAAGCACCAUGAGUGCUAAAAAAUAACUUUUUCCAUUUUUAAUAAAACGCCAAAAAUAUCAAUCCACCAAAAAUAGAUGCCUCUCCUCCCCACCCCCAGUCAAGCUGGUCCUUGUGUUGCUUUCAGGCCCUGCCUCCUACCCUUCCUCCCAGUGCCCAGGACCCAUCUCCUAGCCCUGCCAGGCCUACCUGCCUGCCUCCCAAGCUGUGCUGUCACAUACCUUCAUCCUAGAGGCAGCAGCAGCAGCAGCUUGGGAAACUGAAGGGGAGGAGAAAAGAAUAAGGUGGGAUAGGAGGGGAAGCAAGAGAAGGGAAGCAGAACCAAGGUGAAUGUUUCAGCUGGACUAGACCCCUGUUCCCAUCCCUAUUCUAGAAGCUUAGAGAGCCAGCCAGCAAUGGAACCUUGUGGUUCCUGCGCCAAUCGCCACCAAUAUCAAUUGUAAGAGCGCAGGUCUGAGUGCACAUGUGUCUGAGUGUGUAGAGGAUGUAUAGAUCUCUUAUCUCUUAGUGAAGGUGAAUACCAGAAGUAAAUGAUGCCUCUAGGCAAAGGAGGCUUGUAUUUUGCACAUUUUAUAAGAAAAAAAAACUUGAGAGUGUGAGAUUUCUGCUUGUAUAUUUCUAAAAAGAGCCCAAAUCAUCCCUUCCUUAUCACUCCCUUCCCUCGCAGCCCCACCUUCCUCUUCUACCCCUAGCCAAGGAGUGUGAAUUUAUAGAUUUAAUUUUCAUAGGCAAAACAAAAGCUUCAGGCUGUUGAGUAUGCAAGUUUGUUGUAUGGAUGUGUGUGUGGUCUCCAGCCCCACUCUGGAGUGGGAAAGUGCAUGACGGGGGCCUCAAGGGUGUCCCCACACUGCCCUUUUGCCCCCAAGUCUUCAAGAUGAAAGGCUGUAUAGCAUUCUAUCCCAGAGAUCUGGGUCUACUCACCUGGCAUGCUCAGGUUUACCCAUACCCUACUCCCUGGGCUGGGCAUGAUUGCAGGGAUCACCCAUGGACACAGCCCAGGGAAGGGAUCCUGGGCAUGGCUCCCACCUCUAAGCUAAAGGCUGAUAUACUUUUGACAUCUAAAGUCUUCCGUGUAGCAGCUUAAACCCACAUCUGUGUCCCAUCAAGCCUGAGACAGACAAGUAGCCCCUUAGAAAGGCUUCCUUCACACUGGGCCAGACGUAGAUCAGGGGGGUGGGGCUGGGUGAGGGUAUGGGUCUUUGGGGAUGUUCUUACUGUGCUAAAAAGCCACUGCAAACAUAGCAAUAAAAACACAUCAUUUUCCAAAGCUCG